AUGUUUUCACCAAAAUGUUCAAUGAACAAAAGUAACAACAAUAAUAAUAAUAAUAAUAAUAAUAAUAAUAAUAAUAAUAAUAAUAAUAAUAAUAAUGAUAAUAAUAAUAAUAAUAAUGCAUCUGCAACCAAAGUAGCAGAGAAAAGUCCAACCAACUUUUCAUUAUCGUUAAAUAAUAGUAAUAAUGCAGUACAUGGUAGAUCGACAACACCAUCGUCACCAUCUUUAAAGGGUCGACAGAGUAGUGUCGAUCUUGGUCAACACAGUAAACAUAGUCCGUGUCUAGGAGGUGAUCCUUUGACAUGUGAAAUUGCAACUUCAUCUACUCCUUUAUUGUCUCAAUCAUCGAACGCCGCCACCUCUGUGACAGCAGCCGCUGAAAAGAAAAAGAAAAAGAGAAAGAAACAAAAGGUUAACUUGUGGCAUUUUAUCACUAGCUAUCAAAUCAUUGAAGGGUGUUCAAUACUAUUUAUACUCUUUCUGAUGGUUUUGUUAUCGUUUGGGUUGUCAGUAAGCUACUUUUCAUACACUCAUUAUCGACAAGAAGAAAACAAGAAUAUCGAAGCUGACCUUGAACGAACGACCAAACAAUUGAUACACAACUUUGACGUUGCCACUACAAGUGUAUAUUAUGGUUUAAAUUCCGUAAAAGGAUUGUAUUAUACUUUGCCAACAUUUAAUAGAACAGAAUAUUUGGUAUUUCGAAAUAUAUCAAUGUACAAUACAAAGACUGAUAUGAAGAAUUGGUAUUGGGUAGUUAAAGUAUGGGACAAAGACCGAGAAGAAUUUGAAAAGACAAAUAAUUUGGUCAUCAAAGAAUGGACUGGAUCAAAGUUUGAAAGAUCAGGAACUAAAGAUUAUUAUUUCCCCAUUCUUUAUAUUUAUAUGACCAAUCAUAAAACUGUACCUACUGAAGAAGGUUUUGAUGAAUUAGUUGGAUAUGAUUUACAAGGACAUCAAGGAUAUGGAGCAACUAUUGUAGAUGCAAUGAAUAAUCCUGGUAUAUCUUUAUCAUUUACUCAACCUUCAUUAUCAAUGUAUAUGAAUCAAACGUCGGAUAUCAUUCUGCUGUCUACCCCUGUAUUCAAGAAUGCAGUGUUUCCACUAAACGAGGAGGACAGACUAAAAGAAUGUGCUGGGUUUUCAAUUGGACUAUUUGUCAUUGGUGACUUUAUCCAACAAUCUGGUGUCAAUAUCGAUAACUUUAUGGAUAUUGAUCUCUUUAUCUCGGAUGCUUUUCACAAUGUACUCUAUCAAAGCUCAACCUACAACCUCAAGAGAACAAACAAUGUCGCAGACUCUCCACACUUUAGCGGUCGACAACGAUACAUCUCGACGUUUGAGUUGGCAGACUCCAAGUUUUACUUUAUCACCUUUUCGACAAAGUCAUUCGAGGAUAUGAGCAGAACAUCGUCGCCGGUAUUGGUCGCCGUCAUCUCGGGCGUACUCACCAUCAUUGUUCUGGUCUACUUUUGGGAGCAGAAACGAAAGCGUCACUACAUUGACAAGAUCAUGAAGGAAAAGAGUGAAUUGCUCAACAAGAUCCUUCCCCAAGAGGUGUCUGUCAAACUCGAAAAUGGAGAGGACGUCGUAGCCGAGCGAUCCAACGCAGCCUGCGUGUUUUUCCUCGAUAUCGCAGGGUUCACCCGGUUCUCAUCGAUCCAUACACCCGAGCAGGUCAUCCAAGUGCUCAUCAAGAUAUUCAACAUUAUCGACAACCAAUGUGCCGCACAUGGUGUCGAAAAGAUAAAGACGAUUGGAGACGCCUAUAUGGCAACUGUAGGCAUUUCACCAAAGUCUGACGACAUGAAGAAAAACACAGAGAUGAUGCUCGACUUUUCAUUGGCCACACUCGAAGCUAUCCAGCUCGGUGUAGCCAGCCAUCUCGGUCUCAAGGUGCGAAUCGGUAUUCAUUGCGGACCUGUCAUAUCAGGUGUCAUCUCGGGUGACUCUAAACCACACUUUGACGUGUGGGGUGACACUGUCAAUGUCGCAUCGCGUAUGGAGUCGACCGGUCUACCCGGCUAUAUCCACGUAUCAGACCGUGUCUACCAGAUCAGUCGCGACCACUUUGAAUACUCGCACGAAUGCAAAAAGAUCUUUGUCAAGGGCAAGGGUGAGAUGAAGACAUGGUUUUUGGCCGGCAGACGUGACCCCAACACCCCAUUCAACCGAGCACUCGAUCUCGGACACAGUAUCGACUCCUCACCAAACUACCGCGAAAUCUCUCCCCUUGCCAGUAGUAUGGCUGCGGGUGCACACCACCUUCCUCAUGAAAUGGACUAUCUCAACAUUGAAUCACCAACAAUCAGUCCCAUCAAACUAAAGUUUAAUCAUAAUAUUAGACUUGUAACAAUUGGUGAUCAAGAUAUUAUUCAAGUUUAUGCACCAUCUACAAGUAGUGGUAGUAGUAGUGGUAAAAGCGAGACAUCAAGUAAUAUUAGUAAUACAGAUACAUUAAGUCAAAUUAGUAGUAGCAGUAGUAGUGGUAGCAUUAUUGAACAAUCUCACCGACACGAAAAGAAGAUACUACCAAAGGGUGAUUGGAGUGGAUACUCUGCACCUAACCUCCCUCAGGUCAAACACACAUACUCCCCAAUCCAACCUCUACAACUACAACAACAUGGUGGAUGUAUGGGAGCACAAAAGAUACUUGAUAAUGGGUUGAUAUAUAGUCCCGAUUCAUGUGCACCUGGUAACCACCCACCCACACGUAGAAACUCACAUACUUUUAACCAUGUACACGGAUACUUUGAUAGUGCCAAAGACCACGCAACACACUUUGUAGAGAACCGGUGUCAGAGAAGAGACUCAGUGCAACGAAGUUACUCACCUCAUGGUCUACGUAAUCCAUCACCUCUACAACUUUAUAAUUCUUCUAGUCCCGGAUCACCCAAAAUCAUCGCACAACAACAGCAACAGCAACAACUGCAAUAUCAACAAUUUCAACAACAACCACCACCAUUAUACCAUCAUCAUCAUCACAAUUAUUCGACAUCACCACAACAUCAUUCACCUAAAGUUUCACCAAUGCCAAUUGUACUACCACCACCAUACAAUAGCAGUUUAUCACCCUAUCGAAGAUUAUCUGGUAGUGGUCCACAAGGACUGAUGAUUCAUUCACCACCAAUUGUCAACAAACCAUCGACAAUGGGUGGUGGUGGACAAUCCACACCUCCUGGACAAUACAUGUGUCCUAUUCAUCACCAACCCGACGAAAGACCAGGUCAUCCUCACCAAGACCCAGGUCAAGAAAAGCCAAUCAACAAAUCAUCACCUCGAGGUGGCAAACAAACACAACAACAACCUCAACGUUGUCAAAUGUGUAAAUUCUCUAAAAACUAUUACCAGAAACUUGGAAACUCUGCCUUUUUGACAUCAUUUUCACCUGCCUCAUUCCAACAUGAAUGUGAUGACAACAAUAAUAACAUACAUUCUCCAGUUGGAGGAUUAGCUAAAAAGAAUAAUCAUGAUGACGAAGAUGAAAAAGAUUGGUGGAGUGUUUCAAUUUAA